AUGAACCGCGAAGCCAACACCGUCGAUGCGCCUACCUCUACGGAGUACGCCCAAGUCGAUGGGAAGCCACGCCGCCUCGUCUGUUGCUUGCCGGUGAAACGUCACUUCAACUCACUCUUUGCUCUCUUCUGGAACUUCAACCUCUCACUCGCUUGCACUCUAUCAAUCAUCCUUCAUCCGCCAGCUCGUAUAUUCUUGGGCCCCUUCUCCGUGAUCUAUCUCCAGUUCUACCUCUUCCUCAACCUUGCGGCACUUUCGGCCCAGGGGGGGUUUUCUCCGCACUUCAAAUCGUCAUCGCUUGUGAUCGCACACAGUAAACACCACAGAAUCCAGAGACUUUGCGACUCGGCGGGCGCGCAUCGCCAUUCAACGCGGACUGAUAGCCUGUCAUUGACCCUGUCGCGAAUAUCGCAUUGGUCUUCUUCACUUCGGCAACUCGCGAAAGGAUCCGCGAAGCAUCUAAGAAGAUCCCAGCCAGCCCACUUGCUCAGCUCAGCGGCGAAAAAGUCCGCCGUGUGGGCGCAUCUCUACGCAAGCCCGAUCUCCGAAUUUGAGAGGGGGAACAGGACUUCCAAACCAAAAGAGUCGUUGACCCCCGCGCGCGCACGCAGGUUCGCGCCUUCAUCGGCCACCCCCAGACAACGUCGUUCAGGAUAA